AUGCAAUCGCUGGUCUUCAAACUUGCGCAGUCGAAGCUGAAGCUCAAGAAACCUACACGUGUCUUCGUUAAGCAAAGCGGCCAGGAACUAAUAGAUGAGAAAGACUGGAAGGACAACAUCAGGAAUGAUGCCGUUCUUCUUGUGUCUAUAGGCGAGGAAUUCGUGGGUGUUAAGAAGGAGAUGAUAAUACAUGAAGAUAUAAACCCAAGCUGCCCGGUCGAGGUACUUGCUUCAAAUGCACCGAUCGAGUCGCUCUCCGUGGCGCAACUCACUACUACUGCUCACACCCUUCCCGGAAUCAUCCAUGCAGUAGGCCAGCCUGAUCUUCACCCAGGUACAAAGUUUCCCAUCGGUGCUGUCUUUGCUUCAAAAAAAUGGAUACACCCACCACUUAUCGGCGGAGACAUUGGCUGUGGUAUGGCAUGGUUUCAACUCAGCCUAUCUAGAAGCCAAGUUGAUGGCGACAAAGGCAAGAAGGUAGCCGAGAAACUACGUGGACUCGAGGGUCCGUGGCGCACAAAAGAGCUUAGGGAACUAUGGCUACAAGACAAGGAUGGUAGUUGCUCUGCAGGUGAACAAUGGGACAGCUCGCUGGGCACGAUCGGCGCCGGAAACCACUUCGCGGAGAUCCAAGUAGUCGAAAACUCUGCGAGCGACCUCGACAACGGACUUCGAGAAGACGAUGUAGUGCUAUUGGUGCAUUCCGGC